AUGGGGUCGCUACGACUUGCAAGAACACUCAUCCUGCUGUCUGUAAGUUUAUUAUUACUGCUGAAAAGUAGUACAAUACUAGCUCAAGAAGAAGAAGAAGAAGUCGACUUUCCGCCGUUAUUGGACGCCGAUGACAUUGCGUACUUUUUCGAGCGCAACGACCUGGAUGGACUGCACUGGGCAUUGACCAAUGUCUUUGAACGAUCCGAUCGCAAUCACGACAGUGCCAAAAUCCAGCAUCCGCUACCGGAGCAAUUGGUGUCUCGAGGAGGAGGAUCCACCUACACAACGGCCUACAAACUCAAGAUGGAUCUGGAACAAGCACAGUAUUUGGUCACGCAACUUCGUCGUGAUCGCGACCAAGAAAUGGCAGCCUUUUUGGAAACUCACGUGGUGCCUCUGUACCAAAAAGUCUUGGACCGGAUCCCUCCGUUGGAUCAAUUGCAACGCACACGGGGAUUGUAUCCCUUUCAACCACACGACAAACAGCUGGGGAUUGAAGCCAUAUACAACAAGGCACUCUAUGCGCCCCAAUUCGGUCAACUCAAAGAUCCCAACACGGGCCAAGUCCUGCCCGUCUUGAAUCCCAAUUUGGAUUUGGAUCGCAUUCAACGACAAUGGAUGGGAGAAGAACAAGAUUCGACUCCAGGAAUUGUCGUGGUCGAUGACAUUCUUAAUCCCGCCGCUCUCUCACGAAUACGACAAUUGCUCUUGGAAAAGACCGUCUGGUAUCAGACCAAAAUGCCACUGCAGUUUGGAGGAUAUGCCGGUGCCUACAUUGACGAUGGAUUGAACGAUCGCAUCUUACUCCAACUCAGUAUGGAACUGUACCAAGCAUUGCCUCGUAUCAUGGCGGGACAUUUCCUUCGCUACCUGUGGGCCUAUCGAUACGACGCGGAAUACACGGGCAUUAAUCUGCAUGCCGAUGAGGCGGCCGUCAAUGUCAAUCUUUGGUUAACGCCUGACGAUGCCAACUUGGAUCCGACAUCCGGAGGAUUGGUCGUCUUUACCGCCAAACCACCACCCGACUGGGAGUUUACCAAGUACAAUACCGACACGGACUUUGUCCGGGACGAAUUGCUGAAACCGACACAGUUUGCCAAUGUCACCAUUCCCCACAAACAGAAUCGAGCCGUCUUGUUUGAUUCGGCACUCUUUCAUCAGACCGACCAGUACAAGUUCCGAAAGGGAUACGAGAAUUGUCGCAUCAAUUUGACAUUGCUCUAUGGAACCAUGCAACGAGGCAGUAGUAAGAAGAAGAAUCAGCCACAAUCACAUGGCUCCGAGUUGUAA